AUGCGCAAAUAUAUCUCUGGGUCUUGUCUUGGGGUGCAUGCGCAAAACGGUCGAUGGGGAUGUUGCGGGGGCUGUGCUGACCCUCACUCACCCGUUCCAGUCAAGAGGAAGUUUUGUUUCCAUUUCUUUAUGAAUGCUUCAAGUUUGUUUCAUUCCACCAUCUUACUAACCAAAAUACAUACAUUGUCUUGGAGGCCAUGGCUUUGGAGGCAGCAAAAGUUUUUAUCCCCCCGACUGGCUGUACCUUUAUUCCCCGUGGCAGGAAAGAAGAAUUCUUGUGAUCUUCUUGCACUAAGUGAAACAGACUUAAAAGAACAGUUUGUAAGAGGUGAUGGCCCAGGAGGUCAAGCAACUAAUAAGACAAGCAACUGUGUGGUCCUGAAGCAUAUUCCAUCUGGGAUCGUAGUCAAGUGUCAUCAAACUAGAUCAGUGGAGCUGAACCGACAGAGAGCCAGAGUAAUCCUGCAGCAAAAAGUUGACCUCUUUUACAAAGGUGAAAAUAGUACCAUUUUUAAAGAGAAAAGAGCAGCUGAGAAGAAAAAGCAAGAAAAGAAAAAAAGAGCAAAGGAGACUCUAGAAAAGAAAAGGCAUAUUAAAGAAAUGCAAGAAUCAGAUGCCAAAUAAGUGUGAGAGAAAUUAUCGAUUUGGCUUGUCAGGAAAAGAGAAGACUGUUUGUCACUACCCUUGAAACAUGUGUUAGAAGUUUUCUGGCUUAAUACUGUUAUAAGACUUCAUAAUAAACACUAUUAAAAUGUUGAGUUUAGUGACCUGCUAUUAGUGCAAGGCUAGAGUAUUUAGCCCAACGUUAAUAGCAGUCAUAUAUUUCAUCUUCUACUGUGGACAUCCCAGUACACUCAGAUUCAAUAUAAACAAUUCAGUUGUGCCAAGUUUAGGACAGGUGUGAUAAGAAAACAAGAUCCAUACAACCUUAAUUAAAUAGAUGUUAUAGGAAAACUCCAUCCAAUAUAGUUAAUGGAGGGGGGGAAAAUAAAACUCAAGCACUAAAGCAUUAGAGAUUGUUUCUAAAUCUUCUCACAGUGAGGGGAGAAUAUUCUCAGCUGAUUAAGUCACAAAGAUGAGCUGAAACAUAGUCGCUUAUGCUAUAGUCCCUACUCAAGCAACUUUCAUUUAAAUCAGAAUCCCCUUUAUAAAUUACUGUAGACAGAUUGGAUGAGCUAUUAAAAAAAAAAACCUCAUUUCUAGUAGGGUUGUCAAUUAAUUGCAGUUAAUGCAAGCGAUUAAUGCAAAACAAUUACCAUGAUUUUUUAACAAGAAUUAAUCGCGCAGCUUUGUUUUGACCAUCUUCACUUACUGUACUACAUUACUUGGUGGACAUUGGCACAGUUCUACUGUGUUUUCAUGAUCUAGAGUGAUUAAGUAUCAGAAAAAGUUAGUGGAGCAAAGCAGCAAAAAUUUAGGUCUUUUGAAUGGGAAGUUUAUUUUUAAGAAACUUCUGGAUGGUUCUCUGGAUAAAAAGACAGUUAUCUGUAGCUAUUGCAAGGCUGAGUUCCAGUACCAUCGAAGGAUUUCGUCUGCAGUACACAUGUGCGCUAAACAUGCUUUCGCCUCCAGUUCUUGUGCUACAGAUAACCCAUUGAGAGCAAAUGAUUCCUGCCAGCCAUGACAGAGUAGGCUUACAGAGUUUCAGGCUUGCUACAAGCCCAUGGACCAAACAAAGUACAAGAGUUUAACCAAUGAUAUUGCAAAGUGGAUAGCUAUGGACUGCAGACCACUCAACAUUGUAAACGACAGAGGGUUAAGAGGGGUUAUUCAAAUUGCAUCUUCCAAUCAGUGAUCUACCUUGCUCUCCCAAGAGCCCAUUACAUCACAAAUACUUGGUCUUAUAUCAUAAGACUACAAAGUUGGAGCUUUGUACAGCACUCAACCCAAGGUUUAAGAAUCUGAAGUGCUUUCCAAAAUCUGAGAGGGAAGAGGUGUGGAACAUGCUGUCAGAAGUCUUAAAAGACUGAUGCAGAAACUACAGAACCCAAACCACCAAAAAAACAAAAACAACUUUUUGUUGGUGCCAUCUGUCUCGGAUGAUGAAAAUGAAGGUGUGUCAGUCUGCACUGCUUUGGAUCAUUAUUGAGCAGAACCCAUCAGCAUGGAAGCAUGUCCUCUGGAAUGGUGGUCAAAGCAUGAAGGAGCAUACAAAUGUUUAGCAUAUCUGGCAUGUAAAUACCUUGCAACACUGGCUACAACAGUGCCUUGCGAAUGCCUGUUCUCACUUUCAGGUGACAUUGUAGUAAGAAACGGGCAGUAUUAUCUUCCAUAAAUGUAAACAAACUCAUUUGUCUUAGUAAUUGGCUGAACAAGAAGUAGGACUGAGUGGACUUGAAGGCUCUAAAAAUUUUACGUUUUGUUUUUGAGUGCAUGAAAAAAAAAAAUUCUACAUUUGUAAGUUGCACUUUCACAAUAAAGAGAUUGCAUUACAGUA